AUGGCUACCUUGUGGAUGGACUGUAAACCAUGUGAAUUUUUAAUGAAGUGCGGUGCUAGCUCGUUUAAAAUAAUUCAAACAAGUAAAGGAAGGAGGAAACUUGUGGCCUAUUUCGAGAAUUGUGAGACCACACUAAGAGCCUUAGAUACGCCACAGUUUUUCGUACCUGAUGCACAAAAUAAACCAAAGGCUAAAAAUACACCGAAUACGAAAAAGUCAGGAGGAGAAACACCUGAAUACUCAGAAGAAGGCAAAGAAUUUCUCAAAGAAAAAGGGUGUGUGUUUGCCUGGACCUUUAUUGGACGUGGUAGUGGUUCAGAAUAUCAAGUCCAAGCUAGACAAUUACGCAAAGAUCAUCCAGAUGCACAUUAUUGUGCUUGUUUAUUUUGGUAUCUACAUGAAUUUGCUAUUCUUUAUCGCAGUCAUAAAAAUAUAGUUAGUACAAAUACAGUUCUUGUAGCAAGUGAUCAUGAUUUUACCAAACUAUCUCUUACCCCUUCUGUAACUUUUUUUAUUGAUAUUCCUGAAUCAAUUGAACAUUCCUUUUAUAAUGGACCAAACAUACCUCCCAUUCUUUGUCUUUACACAGAUGGUGGUCCAGACCAUCAAAUAACUUUUGGUUCAGUACAAAUAUCCCUUCUUUGUCUAUUCCUUCGUGGUAACUUUGAUAUUCUUAUUGCAUUGCGAACUGCACCUUACCACAGUUGGGCAAAUCCAGCUGAACGAAUUAUGUCAAUAAUUAAUUUGGGUCUUCAGGGUGUUGCAAUUAUGCGAGAUGAGAUGAGUUCACAUUUAGAGGAAAUUUUUGAAAAGGCUGAUACAUUAGAACAAAUUCGAGAGGCCGCAAAAAAAAACCAAAAUUAUUAUGUGCACGAACUGAACAACUGGUUUUGCAUAAUAUACCUUUUGAAACAAAAAUCCCGCUGA